GCGGGGCGGCCGCUCCCGGCUGCCAUUUCAUCGCGCCGCCGCUCGGUCCCUCCAUUUUCUCUCCGGCUGCCGGCGGUGCGGGCCCCGUCCCGCGCCCGCCGCCCCCCAUGUAGCCCCGCGGCAGCCCCCCCGCCCACGCCCAGCCGCGGGGCCGCCUCCCGGCAUGAGGAGCUGCAAGAUGGUGCGGGUGGCCAGCGUGCUGGGGCUGGUGAUGCUCAGCAUCGCGCUGCUCAUCCUCUCCCUCAUCAGCUACGUCUCGCUCAAGAAGGACAACAUCUUCGGCGCGCCCCGCGCCGCCGGCCCGGGGGGGCCCCGCAUGUACAUGUUCCACGCGGGAUUCAGGUCGCAGUUCGCACUGAAGUUCCUAGACCCCUCAUUCGUGCCCAUCACGAACUCCCUGAGCCACGAGCUGCAGGACAAGCCCUCCAAGUGGGCCUUCAACCGCAGCGCCUUCGCACACCAGAGGCAAGAAAUCCUGCAGCACGUCGACGUAAUAAAAAACUUUUCUUUGACCAAGAACAGUGUUCGGAUCGGACAGCUGAUGCAUUACGAUUAUUCCAGCCAUAAGUAUGUGUUCUCCAUCAGCAAUAACUUCAGAUCGCUGCUUCCCGAUGUGUCGCCCAUCCUGAACAAGCAUUACAACAUCUGUGCCGUGGUGGGAAAUAGUGGGAUCCUGACCGGGAGUCAGUGCGGGCAAGAAAUAGAUAAAUCCGAUUUUGUUUUUCGCUGCAAUUUUGCUCCAACUGAGGCUUUCCAGAAAGAUGUUGGAAGGAAAACUAAUCUGACGACCUUCAACCCCAGCAUCCUGGAAAAGUACUACAACAAUCUUUUGACCAUUCAGGAUCGCAACAACUUCUUUUUAAGCCUGAAAAAGCUGGAUGGGGCCAUUCUUUGGAUCCCAGCUUUUUUCUUCCACACGUCGGCAACGGUCACGAGAACACUGGUUGACUUCUUUGUUGAGCACAGAGGGCAGCUAAAGGUCCAGUUGGCUUGGCCAGGAAAUAUCAUGCAGUAUGUGAACAGAUACUGGAAGAACAAGCACUUGUCGCCCAAGCGGCUGAGCACAGGUAUUCUCAUGUACACCCUUGCCUCUGCCAUCUGCGAGGAGAUCCACCUGUACGGGUUCUGGCCCUUCGGCUUCGACCCCAACACGCGGGAGGACCUCCCGUACCACUACUACGACAAGAAGGGAACCAAGUUCACGACCAAGUGGCAGGAGUCCCACCAGCUGCCUGCGGAGUUCCAGCUGCUCUACAGGAUGCACGGUGAAGGACUGGCCAAACUCACCUUGUCGCAUUGUGCCUGAGAACCUACAAGUGCCAAAUGGUUAUCUAAAAAGUGCCCAAAACCCAAUUAAACAUUCUUCAGAUAGAAUUAUAAAAAAACAAACAACCCACACACCACACCCUAAAACGUUUGCCAUAAUAUAAAGAUGCUUUUUAGUCACGCUUGUCACUGCUCAUCAAAGGAUCUAAGGAUGUUUAGCAGUGCAGAAGCAUUUUUCAAAUUCUGUGGAUGCUAUUCAUGCAGCAGCGAAGUUGAAAUAUUUU